UAAUGGGAAAAAAUUGUAUGAUAUCAUCACACAAAUAACUGAAAAGGCUGUCACAAAAGCAGAAUGAUGCUCUUGCAGUGACGUCAGGUCGAUGAGAGAGGGGUUUGCCCCUCGCGCAUCAGGAGGGAACUACAGGAUGAGACGAGCUCGUGCUGGCCGCCACCCAAUAGACACCAACGAUUCGGAGCGCGAGCAGGACGACCUCAUCUCAAUCAAGAGGCCGAGGUACGAGCCUGUCCCUGACCUUAAUUCGGCUCGGAUGCUUUAGCAACGACAGGCACACUGAGCAGGCACGAGAGGAGAGUGUGGGACAGAGACGGAUAUUUGGGCUGCAGCUCUCGCGCGUCCCGACUCUCGCAAUGGGAUGCACGUUAAGUGCAGAUGAGCGCGCGGCUCUGGAGCGGAGCAGAGCCAUCGAGAAAAACCUUAAAGAAGAUGGAAUGAACGCAGCCAAAGAUGUGAAAUUACUCCUGCUCGGCGGCGGGGAGUCAGGCAAAAGCACCAUCGUCAAACAGAUGAAGAUUAUCCAUGAAGAUGGGUUCUCUGGAGAUGAUGUAAAGCAGUUCAAAACUGUGGUCUAUAGCAACACUAUUCAGAGCCUUGCUGCUAUCUUGCGAGCAGUGGAGACUCUUGGUAUAGAGUAUGGAGAAAAGGACAGAACUAUGGAUGCUAAAUUGGUAUUUGAUGUGGUCACUCGUAUGGAGGACACUGAGCCAUUCUCAGCAGAACUGUUGGCUGCUAUGAUACGUCUAUGGUCUGAUUCUGGAACUCAGGCCUGCUUCAGCCGAUCACGAGAGUACCAGCUCAAUGAUUCUGCCCAAUAUUACUUGGACAGUUUGCAACGCAUUGGAUCUCCAGAUUACCUUCCCACUGAACAGGAUAUUCUUAGAACUCGAGUCAAAACUACUGGCAUUGUUGAAACACAUUUCUCCUUUAAGAACCUCAAUUUUAGGCUGUUUGAUGUAGGGGGACAGAGAUCAGAGAGAAAAAAAUGGAUUCACUGCUUUGAGGAUGUGACCGCCAUUAUCUUCUGUGUUGCACUGAGUGGAUACGACCAAAUGCUGCAUGAAGAUGAGACCACAAACCGUAUGCAUGAGUCUCUUAUGCUCUUUGACUCCAUAUGUAACAAUAAGUUCUUUGUUGACACCUCCAUCAUCCUUUUCCUCAAUAAGAAGGACCUUUUUGGAGAAAAGAUUGUGAAAUCUCCACUGAAUAUUUGCUUCCCAGAAUACACAGGUCCAAAUACAUUUGAAGCUGCAACUGCAUAUGUAGAGGUUCAGUUCCAGAGUAAGAAUCGCUCUCCUAAUAAAGAGAUUUACUGUCAUCUUACCUGUGCUACCGACACAGGAAACAUUCAAGUGGUCUUUGAUGCUGUCACUGACAUCAUCAUCGCCAAUAACCUGCGUGGGUGUGGCCUCUACUGAGCUCCAGAUCCACUGGUUGCUCUUCGAUAUGGUAAUGUGAGUGACUGAACUGGCACCCCGUGACUUUGGCCAAGGCACCCCUGUUUUAUUUUAGUUUUGUUGUUUGUUCAGAAUAUUUGAUCCUUUCUUUGACUAUUUCUUUUGUAGUUUGUAAGAACAUUGCGGGAGUAAAUAAUGUAUGGGUAUGCAUGUGUAGCAAAAAAUGUGUGUGGCCGGGCAUAGAUGCUUUAAGCAUGAGUGCAUGUGUGUGAGGGUCAGUCAUAUAAUAACACACAAACUUCUCUGCUGUUUAUGUUCAGUUGGCAGACUUUCAGGGCUUUUAAAAAACCUUAUAUCUAAAAUUAUCUGUGAAAUACUGAGUGACUGAUGACUAAUCAUGUGGCUGGGCUGAAUGUCAUUUCAUAAACUGAAUGUUGUCCAGGGGCAGCUCUUAAGCCAAAGUUGUUUGAGAACCAAGCAUUGUUUCAUUGUUAAUGGGUCUGUGCUCACUGGCUUCAGGCUGUGACAUAAAAUGCCUUACAGCUAAUGAAGCACAAAGUGUGAUAUUGACAACAUUCUCACUCAACAUGAGCACAAAUAGUUUUAAAAAGUUUCAGUUGUUUAUUUCUGUGCAGAUAAUGCUGUAGUUUAUUAUUUUUCUUAUUAAACUAUAAGCGCAUGUAUAUACAUAUUUUGUAUAGCACCACACUUUCUGCACCUAUCAAAUACAAUAAAUACGGGCUAUGAAUACAAAUGAACUAGCUUACAGAUGUUAGGUUGAAAUAAGUAUGCAUAUUACAGUAAUUCAGUAAGUCAUAUAUAACUGAUUACUGAAUUACUAGGUGAAAAAACUGUCAGUUUUUUAUCUCACUCUGAUUGUGUAAUAUGUGAGUGUGUACAGAUGUGUGUGUUAAUGCAUGCACAGUCUAUUCACCUAUGACCUGUUACUUAACCCAGAUUUCUUUUCCAGUUUACCCCUCUUUUUUUCUCUCUGCGGUGAAUGGAUUUUUUGUUUGGUGCACUGAAUGUUCUCUUUUCCUCCCUUGGGGUGUACAGCACUGUACUGCUGGUUUUAAUCUUCUGACUGACCAAUGAAAUGUUUACAUUAAAAAAAGAGAAAACAUUA